AUGUCCACACCAAGCCGGUUCCGCAUGCCCUCCCUCUCCCUUCCUCGCAUGCGGAGGUCAAGAACAAACAGUUCACAAAUUUCGGAGACGACACUUGUCAGCAGCCCGACCAGUGAUGACGCCACCAGCGACGAUGCUGGGAAAAAAGAAACAGCAUUAGCGCUACCAACACCACCGUCGAUAGCCAAAAACAUCUUUGUUGUUUCGCUGCAGACGCUAGGCUCCGUCUCGAGAAACAUCCCUUUCUGUACGGCACUCAACGGCGUCAUUGAGCCAUUGCUCGAUGUAUUAAAUAGACUGGAUCAAAGUAUGUGGAACCAGCGGGCUCUCGCCGACUUGGCCGCUCGCAUUGAUUCGCUCAGGAUGAUCGUGGCGAGAAGUGAGGCCAGUAACGGGCAAGUCGUUAUUGAGCGCCUCCAGCGUGAACUCGCUUCCAUCCAACGUGAUCUUGAGCAAGCUAUGGCUCAAGGCAAGGUGGCCCAGUUUUUCAAUAGCAACGAUGAUGCCUCAGCUAUUUCACGCCACAACGACGUUCUCACCACCAUAAUAAUCGACUCGACGUUUGAAAACGUUAGUCAGCUUUCGGAAACGGUCCACAAUCUCAGGGUCAGUCAAGUCUCCUCUCUCCAGCAGACUGGGCAGACCUCGCAAGUUGACGCUGUCGCAUUCGAAAGACGGAUUGUCAUCACAGGUGGGGUAGGCGGCGCCGGUGGCCACGGAUAUAUCGGCGGAGAGGGAGGGGAUGGAGAAGGACCAAAUGUUGAUCUGAGAACGAUGCAAGCCAACGUCAUCAUGGGAGGCGUCGGGGGUGUUGGGGGGAAUGGGAUUCAUAUUGGUGGAAAAGGUGGCGCGGGAGCUGCGCCAGUGAUCAGGUACCAUUAG